AUGUUACUCUAUGCGGACGACAUGAUCAUCACGGGAGAUGAUCAGUCCGAUAUCUCUGAGCUACAGGAUCAUCUACACAAUCACUUUAAAAUGAAGAGCAUGAGGCCUCUUCGGUACUUUUUCAGUCUUGAGAUCUCUGACACUUCCGACGGGUACUAUCUCUCUCAAACCAAGUAUGCUUCCGACCUUCUGUCUACAGCAGGUCUCACUGACUCCAAGACCGCGCCUACGCUUCUUGAGUCUGAUUGUCGUCUUACUCUGAUGGAUGGUGCCUAUCUUGACGAUCCUACCUUAUAUCAUCAGCUGGUAGGAAGCCUGAUAUAUCUGACUAUUACUCGACCUGAUAUUUCCUAUGCUAUUCAUAUCGUCAGUCAGUUUAUGUCCGCUCCUCGGAUGACUCAUUAUUCUGUUGUUUACGGAUUUUUCGGUACAUCAAAGAAACAAAUGGUUGUCUCCCGGUCCGGUGCAGAGUCCAAGUAUAGAGCUCUUGCCGAUACCACUGCCGAGCUUCUAUGGCUUCGAUGGUUACUGGUUGAUCUCGCUCCAACCACCUUCCCCACUACUUCUCAACCGGGUCUGAGCCUUAACAACUUCCAUUGGGCUGCUCGCACUUCUACUGGGUCUCAUGCGCAAUGGCCCGGGCAAGUCACCAAGCGUGCUCGUCGAUCUGGGCUAGCUAUAAUCGGAUAUUGGGCCGUAGAUGACUCUGGGCCGAAGAUCAUCGUCCUUGGGCCGCCUCCUUGCUAG